AUGUCACAGAGCUGCCCUCGGAAGCCCACUCCUUCCUUAGCCAGCGUUCACUCUCACUUGUGUUUGUAUCUUGCUUUGCAGAUGGGAGAUGCGUCCAACACCUCAUUGUUCAUCUCCACCUUAUCGCAGAGAGAAGACCUGAUUUUUGGCACGCUCUACUUGGUCUUUGGCAUCAUGUCCCUCUUUGGGAACUCGCUGCUCCUGCUGGUGGCCUAUCGGAAGAGGUCCAUGCUGAAGCCUGCUGAGUUCUUCAUCGUCAACCUGGCCAUCAGCGACCUGAGCAUGACAGUGACGCUCUUCCCCUUGGCUGCCUCAUCCUUCUUUGCACACAGGUGGCUGUUCAACCAGGCCGUCUGCACCCUCUACGCCUUCUGCGGGGUCCUGUUUGGGCUGUGCAGCCUCAGCAGCCUGACGGUGCUCAGCACGGUUUGCUGCCUGAAGGUCUGUUACCCAGCAUACGGCAACAAGUUCUCUCCCUGCCACGCCGGAGUGCUGCUGCUGUGCAUCUGGGUGUAUGCCCUCAUGUUUGCCACGGCCCCCUUGGCCGAGUGGGGCAGCUACGGCCCCGAGCCCUACGGGACAGCCUGCUGCAUCACGUGGAACGCCUCGAGCAGGGAGGCCACGCUCUACAUCCUCGCCCUCUUCAUCUUCUGCUACCUUCUCCCCUGCCUCCUCAUCCUCUCCUCCUACUCGCUGAUCCUCUGGAGGGUGCGGGGGUCCCGCAGAGCCGUGCGGCAGCACACGUCCCCCCAGCGCAGAGCCCGCAGCGUGCACAGCCUGGUCGUGAAGCUGAGCAUCGCUGUGUGCCUGGGGUUCCUGGCUGCCUGGACCCCUUACGCCAUCGUUGCCCUGUGGGCAGUGCUGGGUGAUGCCAGCCAGGUGCCAGCGCUUGCCUUCGUGCUGUCGGCCGUCUUUGCCAAGUCCUCGACGCUCUACAACCCCCUGGUGUACCUGCUCUUCAAGCCCAACUUCCACAAGUUCCUCUCCAAGGACGUGGUGCUCCUCCAGGCCGUGCGUACCCUGCUCUGCUGCGGCUGCCCCAGCGCUGCGCUCCAGCCCUUCCCAUCCCCGGGCUUCGGGGACCGCCCCGGGGCCUGCAGGAGCUGCAACGACACCUUUGAGUGCUUCAGUAACUACCCCAGGUGCCACAAGCCCGCGCGGGUGCCCGGCUCCUCGCCCCGCUGCGCGCCCCUGGCCGUGCUGGCCGAUGGGGCUGCGUGCCCGCCGCGGCUGAAGAGGACGGUGCAGGUGAUGGUGCUUGUCACCAGGAGAAGGUCGGGCCUGAGCGCUGUGAACGUGGUGGGGGAAGCUCUGCCAUCCGAUAUCAUGAAAGACCUUCUCUGAGCCGGGCCAUGCCGCGCUGCGUCCCACCAGGGCACUGGGGGACAAACCCAAACCCAACUCUCACCUGUGUAUCCAGUGGGUCCCCAUCAUGUUCUGCAGAUGAAGUGACAUCUAACACCACCCUUGCCUCCUCCUCUGCUCUGGCUCUUGCAGCUCUGAGCCGAGGCUUUGCACUCAGAGAAACCAAACAAAACAAACCCCAGUGCCUAGGAUCGGCCCAGGGGGCAAGUCCAGGGUCCUGUUUAUCCCGUGCCUUGCUCUCUGGGCCCUUUGUUUCUCCAUCCUGGUGCUCAGAUGACCAAGUAGGAACUUGGUUGUCUUAAGAAACUGUGCUUGGCAGGGAGGGCCCCAGAGGUGUCCUACCUCCAGCGCCAGCUCCUGCUGACCAUGUCCUUUCCCAAACGGGAGCAGGACGGUGCUGCUCAGCUACCUCACUUGGGAUUAUGAAGCAUCUCGAUAUACCUCUCAAGAGACCCCUCUGUGCAGGCUGCCUAACCCCACUCCCUCGGUUUGAACACAAACCCACCACCAUCAUAUAGAUCGAAAUGGGAGCUUGUCCUUAGAGUAAGGUUUGGGGUUGGAAUAAUCCUGGUGUGAGUAAUAGCAGCUGCAGGUCAUGCUCUCCAGGCAGGGAAUUGCAGAUCUGUGGCCAAGCAUCAUCCUGGAGACAGGGCAGAAGCUGAGUGAGACAGUGCUGAGAGAGGCUGGUUAUGUCCCAGGUAUGAAUCAGUGCAUUCAAGGGAUGGGAUGGGAAGAGUCAGCAGCAGUGGUAGGAAAGUUGCUGCCCACCAGCACCCAGCCAGGCAGUUACUUGUGGGAGUGCUUUACGUUGUCUCUGGUUAAUGAAUGAAAUGGCACCACAACCCAUUGCCAGAGCUGCAGCAUUAAAUCGUGGAUGUGCUACGUGGGAAUAGUGACCUGUGUCUGCAUGGACACGGGAAACAGCCGCUGCCCCGCUGCCAUCACUGCCUGUGCUCUGCCUGCCCACUGACCCCCAGCUCCCCCUCCUCUCUCCAGACACCAACAGUGCUGGUUUUAGCCAUCGCUCCAGAACCAGGAUCUGUCACUGCCUUUGCUUAGCACAGACACAGCAGGGUCCUCUCCCAAGGACUCGCAGCACCUCAAGGAACACCUGAUAGCUGCAGGGUGUGAGGAAACACAGAGGGAAGGGGAUGCUCUUGGCGGGGGGCAACAAACAACAGAUUCAUUUAAGCUACAAACUUAAACCUAAGCUUGAGGAAUACUGAGGGUUUUGGGCCUCAGUGUUUGGGCUCAAUUCCAGAGUAGGAGGCAAAGGAGCCAGUGUGAGCUCUGUGCUGGGGAGGGCGGUUGCUGCGUGCAAGGGUGCUGUGUGUGCCAUCACUACCAGCUGCUGCUGCACAGCUCUCAUUAGCACACAGCAGUCAUGCUCUUGCUUUUGUCCCUUGGUUGUUUCCCCUGAUCCACUUGAACUGGCCAUUUCCCUGUGACCAGAGAGGGUCCUCGAUACCUCUGGGGUGCUCCUGCAUCUUCCCAGGAUGGUUUUGCCCACGUGUGAUACCUGCAGGCGGUUGGGGCAGGGUUUAUGCCCAAGAGCCAAGUAGUAACUGAAGGGCCACGCAGGGAGCAACGCUCCUGCCUUUGCCCCCUAUUCCUGUCAUGCAAAAACCUGCACCCAGCCCCAACAUGGACCGUGUUUGCAAAGGAAGGGAUUAAAAUCAGGAGGGAGGACGGGGUUUCCAGUGA